AACCUAUGUUUAUGCCUAUGUUUUUAACGUUCGGUACCGGCAUCUUUUAUGUUGUUUAUUCUUAUAUUGAUGGUUUAUUUUUAAAAUAAAAAAACAAUGGUUAAUUAUUUAAAUUAGUUUACCAUAUACAUUAAUACUGUGCCGAUCCUGAUAGUUUUAAACAAUUUUAGUGGAAUAUUAGGUUAUGAAACUUUUUUAAAUAAUUUGUUCUCAUUAUUUCUCAUCAGUAUAAUUAAAUGGAAGAAGAAAGUAGUAACAAUUAUGACAACGAUUUCAACGAUGGUGUAAAACAGCGUUACAAACAGUAUGAGCGGAAAAGGAGACAAGAAAAGUUGCUCAAGGUAAGGUUUCGAAAACUUCAUAAACAGUUUGCAAAGAAACUAAAAGAGAGAGAAGAUUACAACGUUCACGUAUUAGAACAUACUGAAAGUGUAUUACAAAGUGACAUUGAGAACGCCCUGAAAAUAUUAGAGGAUGUUCAUGUAACAAAAUUUGAAAAAGAAAAGCCCUCACCAUGUUCACAAUCAAUUUCUAAAAAUAUUACUCCACAUUUAACACAAGAGCCAAAUGUACUAUGGUAUUUACCUACGUAUAUUCCACAAUUAAUUAGGAACAGUAUUUUGAGGCAAGAGUGGGACAAUGUAACUCGUUUACUUCUAAUGCUUUUGGAACAUAAACCUGUUUAUAUGCCCCAUAUUAAAAUGACAGCAUUUAUAAAUUUCCUCAAAAACCCAGCAGAUUCAGAUGGUCAAGUACUAGAUGAAUUUUUACAGUUGUGCUUUGUUAGUAUGAAGAAUGCAAAGAGUAUUCCAUCUUUUGAUGUUUGUUAUAAAGAAAUUGCAGAAUAAUUAUGUUCUAAUAUGUGUCUUUUGUAAUUACUUGAAGAUCAUUGAAAUGUCUUUUAAAUAGCAAAUAUCAUAAUAAGAUAUUUUAUUCUGUACAAGAAAAACAUAUACAUAAAUAUAACUUUUCCACAUGCCAGAUGGGAAAUUCCUAACAGAGUUUUUCUAACAAAAUAUAAACAACAAGAUAAAAUUGA